AAUGAACCUCAAACUCAAAUUCAAAUGAAAUCACAAACGUUAUAUAUACAGAGGAAGUGGCACCUAUGUGACCCCCACCUCAACCAUACACCAAUGGACUCAUAACACUGUCAACUACUUCCCAAUUCUUUUCCUUUGCCACUUCGCAAUCCAUUCUCCGGCGGCGGCGCAACCCAAUUCCGCCGCCGCACAUGGCCAAAGGUCGAAAGUUAACGACCAGCCGCAGCGAGCGUUUCUUGGGAACCUACGCCUACUCCCACACCCAAGCCUCCGCCGCCGCCGAUCCGUCGGAGCUCCGGGAGGAGGACGUCUGGUCCACAAGCGACGACACCGGCGACCGCGACUGGGAGCCGCACGCAGGCGGAAGCGUCCGGCGGCGAAUUCCGCCGGACACGGAGGAGCACCGGCGCGUGGGCGGGCUGUCGCUGGCGUUCGAAGAGGCGGGAAGCGGCGCGUCGCGGAGGAUCGUGCACCAGUUCCGCGCGCGUGAGGAGGCGGCGACGACGGCGCGCGGGCGGCACGUGGCGACUUCGGCGCCGGUGAAGGUGCCGGACUGGAGCAAGAUACUCCGAGUGGACUCAGUUGAGUCGCUGAACGACGAGGAGGAAGAGGAGUCAGAGAUGGUGCCACCGCACGAGUAUUUGGCGCGUAGCCAGAAGUUGGUUGCGAACUCGGUGUUCGAAGGUGUGGGCCGCACUUUGAAGGGUCGUGACAUGAGCCGGGUUCGUGACGCCGUCUGGAACCAGACUGGCUUCGAUGGCUAAUCACAAGUCAACUUCUCUUCCUCUUAUUACACUUUUUAACAUGCUUUAUUAUUAAUUAUAUUUUUAUUAAAAAUUAUAUAAUUGUUAGCCAAUAUCGUUAACAAUUUUUAUAAUUUUUAAUAAAUUUUAUUUGAUAAUAAAUAAUGUGUUCAAAAACCGAUAGAAAGUGUGUUUGAGACUUGAGACAAAUUUUAUUAUUAUUAUCAUUGUUGUUGUUAAUCAGGUUCUUUAAGUGAUGGGUAGAUGAAAACAAUUGUUUUGGUUUUUCUGGGCGAUGAUUCGGCUGGGUGGAUUCGGGUGAAGAGAGUCCUACUCAGUGGCCAGUGAGCCUCAGCCGUAAUAAUUAGUUAGCAUGUAGUAAUUGAAAUUGGGAUUUGUGAACUCUGGUUCACUUUAUUCUAAGUUUUCAUAAUUCUCAUGUAAAAUAUCAUCAUCAUGAUGUGGGGAUGAAUAUGGAAGAGGAAAGAGAUACUGUACCCUGUUAAUCCACCAGGCUACGGCCAUGGCGUAUUGAAAGCGAUUCAUGGUUUGUUUAAUCAUUGGUUUUGUGGGAACUAAAUAAAAUGUUACUACUAAAUAAUGGUAUUAUUACGGUUUGCGGAUAAUGAGA